AUGACGCUCUCUGUUGCUGGCAGAGGCAUGCGAGCGGCCACCCGAGGCUGGUCCACAAGCGCUUUCAAGACACCUGCCACUACUCUAGUAGCAUCGCGCUCGCUCAUCAUUCCCUCGCGCCCCGUGCUAGCCGAUCAGGGCUCGGCAGCGAAGAAGCCUUCUCAAGCGGAAAACUCGCAGCAGCCCAAGCAAAGCCUCCUCAAGUCGCUCCUCCACGGCUCCGAGACUGCUAAAGCCGAGGGCGUCACUACCCAGUCCCAUUCUAAUCAAGUCGCCCGUGGCAAGUUCAUUCACGAGAUCCAGCGUCAAUCCGUCUCGCCAGCCCACGCCGACGAAUACCGCUCCCUCAUCGCCGAAUACUUCCCAAAGCUCGCCGACAAGGGUCUUCCCAUGCGUCUCACCGGCAGCUGGGAGGUUAUCGUCGGCGACCUCGAGACCUUCUACCACAUCUGGGAGUACGAUGGCUAUGCGGGCUAUGACAAGGCCGAAUCUGCCCUUCGAUCCGAUCCCGAUUUCCAGGAACUCACAAAACGUUUGCAACCGCUGCUUUCCAACCGAUCCAACUGGCUCACCCAGGAAUUCUCCUUCUGGCCCUCGUCUCCACCUCAGACCACCAACGGGCUGUACGAGCUGAGGACAUACCACUUGAAGCCAGGCCACUUGCUCGAAUGGGAGCAGCACUGGCGACGCGGCCUCGAGGCGAGGAGGAAGUUCGUUGAACCCAUCGGCGCCUGGUUCACUCAGAUUGGCGGACUUCACACGGUAUUCCACAUCUGGGAAUACCCAUCGUUGGAGGAAAGGAAGAAGACCAGGGACAUGGCAUGGCAGGUCGAGACGUGGAACGAUACCGUCAGCCAGACGGUCAAGCUGAUCGACAAGAUGCAUGCCCAGAUCAUGCGGCCCUUGCCUUUCAGUCCGCUCAAGUAA